UCCAGAAACCUUUGAUAAAACAUAUUGAAAUACAAAACUAAACUUUUGUUUACUUUUAAAAAAUGUUAAAGAAAUCUAAAAAUUCUAAAUAUCCACCUCCGCCUUCUCCGCCAACAGUUGAGCAAAUAUUGAAAGAUAUGGAAACUUUUCAUGUAGACUUGAGUGCCGAGACUUUAAAAGGACAAUCGCCCAGUAAUGAUGCACAACACCAGGAUUGGUGGAAUCGCUUCGAAAAAGCAGUUGCUGAUCACAAAGACUUGGUAACGCUUAACAGUGAAAUACGGAAUUAUCAGCUUAAGUUAGAAUCUGCAAAAAUAGAACUGGAAACUGAGGCUCAGUUGCUUAAGAAUGCUAUUCAGGAGCAAAAAGAGAAAAUUGAUGAAGUUUUGUUAAAAGAAAGUAGUUGAAAUUAUAAAACCAAUAAACUAAAUAAAUGAAAAACAUUAAUUAGAGCGCCAUAACAUAUUUUUCUUUUAAAAAUUUUCUAGAUAGCGUAUCUCACAUUUAUAUAUCGAAUAUGAAAGAGUAAAAAAACGAUAACCUGUACGAAAAUUGCUAAAAAAAGGUGCAUAUUUGAACAGUAUCUUUUUAUAUCCAAGCUCUGUUCGACCACUCUAUGAUAUAUUACAUUUAUUCGAUUGUUAUGAAGUAUUAAAAGUUUCUAUGCAAUAAAACAACGGAAUAUUUUUUGCAAUGCCUUU